CCCCUCAGCAGGAUGAACAAGACCAAGGGAGCUUUUGGUAGCCCAGAACUUUGGAGCCCAGGCUGCAUGCAGAGCAGCACCUCCCUCACCAGUCUGGCACCACCCUUUGCAUUUGGACAGCAGGCUAUGGACACAGCCCUGAAUGUAAUCCUAAUUGGGGUCCUCCUCGUCAUCAUGGUGUCCCUGGGAUGUACAAUGGAGAUAGCCAAGAUCACAGCUCACCUCAGGAGACCUAAAGAUGUGGCAAUAGCCAUAACAGCUCAGUACAGCAUCAUGCCCUUGACAGCAUUCACACUGGGCAAGCUCUUCCAGCUGGGCACCUCAGAAUCCCUGGCCAUCCUCAUCUGUGGCUGCUGCCCUGGGGGAAGUCUCUCCAGCAUCUUUAGCCUGGCACUGAGAGGGGACAUGAACCUCAGUGUUGUAAUGACCGCGUGCUCCAUGGUCCUGGCGAUUGGAUUAAUGCCACUGCUUCUAUACCUUUACUCUGGAGGACUCCAUGAGGGUGAUUUGGAGGGCAAGGUACCUUACAAAGGAAUUAUCACCUCCCUGGUGCUGCUGCUAAUCCCCUGUGCCAUCGGCAUCAUCUUGAAUGAGAAGAAACCACAGUACACUGGCCUUAUCACCAAGGCAGGGAUGGUUAUGCUUCUACUGUCAUCUGCUGCUAUAAUUGUUCUGUCUGUGGCCAAUAUGGGAAGCUGUAUCAUGGUUGUCUUCUCACCAUCUCUCCUGGGAACUUCUGCCUUAAUGCCCCUUACUGGAUUUCUGCUGGGCUACGCUGUCUCUGCAGCCUUCAAGCUUGAUGACCGGUGCAGGCGGACAGUGUGCAUGGAAACUGGCUGCCAGAACGUACAGCUUUGCUCUGUUAUCCUCAAGGUCGCCUUCGCCCCAGAGAUCAUUGGCCCCCUGUACUUCUUCCCCCUGCUCUACUUGCUGUUCCAGCUUGGAGAAGGAUUUCUGCUCAUCCUGGUCUUUCGGAUCCAUGAUAGAAUAAAGCAAGCCAAUGGCAAGUACAGCUUUGCUCCUUUAUUUCUUGUACCUUCCAAGCCAAACCAUACAUGCUCACAAUGUAACUGCAGAUGAAUUUCUGCUUCAUAAGGCAGAAUCCAGUUGCUCUUCAACUAGGGAUUACAUACCCAACAUAUUAGAUUCCAAUCAGAGUCAAACAUUCAGAGGUAACUGAAGACCUUAGAAAUUCAGUGGAUUUCUUGCAUCAGCUUCAUACAGCUACAUACUACCAAAACUAUCAGUGCACUGUCUGCUGCUUUAAGCCACAGCAGACACCCUGUGAAAGUCAUGACUUGCACUGAGCACAUACAAAGAACAGAGGUGUUUGCAUGUGGCUAAAACUACACAAAAAACAUCACGUAUUCUUUAAUGCAACAAAUCCCAGCUUUGCUUUAAGCUGUUAAGUGAUUUCCUGAGAGGACAAAACUGCCAAAUACUUCAGCCAAAGGAAGGAAUCAUUUAGAUCUUUUGCUAGAAAAGUACAGAGAUUGAAACUUCAUUUUAAAAUAUAUACAAUGCUGGCAUAGAUGUGAAAUACUCUUCCCCAACUCCAGCAGGUCCCCAAUUCCAAAGCUCAGCUGACUGCACAGAUGACUGAUGGAUGCACUGCUGAAUGAGAUCCUCCACCCACCACCCGUCUGAUGCUGCCAGUCCAGCUUUUC